UGUCUGGUAAUAAUAAUGCACGGAUUGCCCACUCCAAAAAUCCCAUCCACUCACUUACUCCACUCACACAGCUUAGCUUCCUCGAUUUCCAAUCCAUUUAUUCAACAACAUAUAUUCACUGUAAUGUCUGCUGCUCUCCCUCACCCAGUUAGAAUCCAUCUCCAUCAUUCUUCAUCUCACAAAUUCAAGAAAUGCCCAGCGUCCUCGCCUCCUCUUUUGCUCCACUCUUCCUCUUGGUUGAAGCAAGGAGAUGGCCCGAGAUUCUUGUUGCACAGAAACGGGCUUCUUCUUGCGCGGGCUGAGGACAAGGCCCGGGGUAGUUCUUCUACUUCAUCGACCCUGUCUCAGUACGACUCAGACAAUCAGCUGCAGGACGUAAGCCCCUCUGGAACAUGUGAUCCUUUAUGUUCUGUUGAUGAAACAAGCUCUGAAGAUUUUGAGGCCAGUUACCAACCAAAGACAGAUUUGCUGAAAGCUCUUGCAGUUCUUGCAGCUGCUGGAACUGGAGCACUGGCAAUAAAUCAUUCAUGGGUGGCAGCAAACCAGGAUCUUGCAAUGGCAUUGUUAUUUGGAAUUGGAUAUGCUGGCAUAAUAUUUGAAGAAUCUCUUGCCUUCAACAAAAGUGGAGUUGGACUUCUGAUGGCCGUUAGCUUGUGGGUUAUAAGGAGCAUUGGGGCCCCUUCAACUGAGGUAGCUGUUUCGGAGUUGUCUCAUGCAUCUGGUGAAGUCAGUGAAAUAGUGUUUUUCUUGCUUGGUGCAAUGACCAUCGUUGAGAUAGUUGAUGCGCAUCAAGGAUUCAAGCUGGUCACAGACAAUAUCACCACUCGCAAACCAAGAACUCUGCUUUGGGUGGUAGGUUUUGUAACAUUUUUUCUCAGCUCAGUCCUUGACAACUUGACAUCUACUAUUGUCAUGGUCUCAUUGUUGAGAAAGUUGGUACCACCGUCAGAAUACCGAAAGCUUCUGGGUGCUGUAGUUGUUAUAGCAGCAAAUGCUGGUGGAGCAUGGACACCGAUUGGUGAUGUUACUACCACUAUGCUCUGGAUUCAUGGCCAAAUAUCUACAUUGCAGACAAUGAAGGACUUAGCAAUACCAUCAGCCGUUUCACUGGCUGUCCCUCUGGCUCUCAUGUCCCUCACUAGCGAAGUCAAUGGGAAAGGCCAAAGUUCCGCAGAUGUUUUGGCAUCUGAACAGAUGGCUCCUCGAGGCAAGCUUGUUUUCUCCAUUGGAAUUGGUGCCCUGGUAUUUGUCCCAGUUUUCAAAGCUUUGACUGGGUUACCCCCUUACAUGGGUAUGCUGCUUGGACUGGGAGUUCUUUGGAUCGUCACAGAUGCUAUACACUAUGGUGAAUCUGAAAGACAGCGGUUAAAAGUUCCACAGGCUUUAUCAAGAAUCGACACUCAAGGAGCUCUUUUCUUCCUUGGUAUCCUUCUGUCAGUCAGCAGCCUUGAAGCAGCAGGUAUUCUGCGGGAGUUAGCAAAUUACCUGGACACCCAUAUUCCAAAUGUUGAACUGAUUGCAAGUUCAAUAGGAGUAGUAUCAGCAAUUAUAGACAAUGUCCCAUUGGUUGCAGCAACAAUGGGAAUGUAUGAUCUCUCUUCUUUUCCUCAAGAUUCUGAGUUCUGGCAGCUGGUGGCAUAUUGUGCUGGCACUGGUGGAUCCAUGUUAGUCAUCGGCUCUGCUGCUGGUGUUGCAUUUAUGGGGAUGGAGAAAGUCGACUUCUUUUGGUACCUGCGAAAGGUAAGUGGCUUUGCUUUUGCUGGUUAUGCUGCUGGUAUUGCUGCAUAUCUGGCUGUUCAUAAUCUCAACAUUUCCCUUCCCACAGCUCUUGCACAGGUUCCAUUCCUUUCUGGUUCUUAAACAAAAAUGAUAAACUAGAUCGGUUUCUUGGUGUGCAUCACCGCCAUAUCAUGCAAAUGUAGCUCCUCGUAUCGGUUGCCAAAAAAAAUAUGUAAUUCACAUAUUUUCCUAUAUCCUUCUCAAAGACACAUAAUAAAGGUUCCUUUGCAUAGGAA